AUGUCAAAUAUUUCAGAAGACUUUGAUCCUAAUGAAACGCUGAGUGAAUCACAUUGGUCAUAUACUCAUUUUGAUAAUCAUAGCAAUUCAUCAUCAUCAACUAAUACAGAAAAGACAAUAAUACGUCAAGAAACUUUGGCUGGAUUUAUAUUCACCAGACCAAAACACUCUAAUACACAUCGACAAUCAUGUUUAAAUGAUAAGUUCAGUGGUUCAGAUGAAUCCUUUCCAUGUUAUAAAAGUAUUUGUACUUCAACGUCGUCAAAGUCUGAAGACUUAUUAAUACAACAAGAAACCGUUGAUCUAGAAACAUUGAUCGAUACACAAAAAAUACAAAGUCAACAAACAACUACUACUAAUGAAAAAUUGAACGAACUAGAUAACAGAAAUUUGCAUUUCAAAGAUAAAACUAGUUCUGUAUCAAGUGAUUUCGAAAAAAUGAGCAUGCAUGAAGAACCUGUGAUCAAAUCAGUAUUUUCAAAUCUAAUAGGCAGGUCAGAUAUUCAACUAAAAAAACCUACUUAUGAAACCUCAAGUGAUUUGACUGAAGUCGAGAUAUAA